GUCUGGCUGGUUUGGUGCCUUAGAGGUGGAAAAACGCCAGCCUAGGGCUGUGACUGCCCUGUUUGAGUGAUUGGUCCUGAAUUGGCACCUCAGUUGGGUCCCGCCAGAACCGCAUCGUUACACGUGUGUGUUCACAGACACCACCCGGAAAUGGGGGCCCAUUUCCCUGCGCUGCGCUGAGCCAUGCUGCUGUUCGUACACAUUCCCAAAGCCGCCCCAAGCAGCUCUCGGUUCCCCAGGAGGCCGUCACCGCUGCCUUCGUCAGUCAAUUGUCGCACCGCAACAGCCGCAGAACUUUGGACUCCAGCGUGACAUCUGGGCCUCGGAGCCCAGCGAGGAGCGAACCUGAUGAGCCUCUGCACCAAAGUGCUCCCAGCCAGGCCUGGGCCUGGUUCCAUCGCUUCACGCUGACUCAGCCGAUGUUCUGGGCAUCAGGGGUAUCCAGAGCGCAACAGUCCUGGCCUCACGUUCCGGCUGAAGUUGCACAUCACUGCCCAGGUCACACGGCCCUUUUCACUUCCUCUUCCUGGGAAAUUAAACUUAAGCAAACAAAGUGUCUAUUUCUUGGAACUGCUAAUCAGUAAACACCCAGCAUCCAUCCCAGCCCCGCCUGUGUCAAGGGCUAUAAGUAGGGGCCUGACUGGGAUCCCCAGACACCAGUACCUGGAGAUUCCUCUGGCAACUGUGGGCAGCCUCCACUCCCAGUAGCAAUGGGGAAAACGGGCUUCUCUCUGAUCCUCGCCUUGGGUCUUGUGACCUUCAGCACCUCUUCAGAGAGAAAGUGCAUCCUGUCUGGAGACUGGCAGAAUGACCUGGGCUCUAACAUGACCAUCUCUGCCGUGAACGAGGUCGGGCAGUUCUCUGGGUUGUACCUCACAGCGGUGUCAGCCGCAGGAAAGCCGAUCCGUGUGUCGCCUAUGAACGGAGCCCAGCACGUCGACAACCUGGAGCAGCCGACCUUCGGGUUCACUGUUAAGUGGAGCUUCUCAGACUCAACGACCGUCUUUGUGGGCCAGUGCUUCGUGGAUGAUCACGGGGAGGAAACUCUGCAGACCAUGUGGCUGCUGCGAGAGAAGGCCAAAUCUGCAGAGAAUAACUGGAAUGCAACCUUGGUCGGCACAGACGUCUUCACCCGGCUCAAGGGGCAGAACGUGGGUGAAUCCAUGAGGAGUGACCUGUAACCAGUGAUCCCAGCAGCACCGUGACCCCACUCUGCAGCCCCAGAGCUCCUGGCGCCCCCCAGAAUUGUUCUGGGCCCUCUCGAGAGAGAGCGUCUCGACUGGUGUCAGGGCUGUUUGCUGAGCUGCAGAGUCACCCGUCUCUGUCUCCAUCUCCCCUCGCUCUCCGGUUACCCCCUCCCGUCCGAGAAUCACUGCCUGUGGCCCCCACCCUGCAGUUUAGUUCCUUUCCCAGUAAAGUUCUAGCGUGGGAGACGCUCUCUUCCUUUCUGCUUCUCCUUUAUCUCCAGGUCUUUCCGUUCCAAUAGUCUCCGGUGCUCUCUCUCCUUUUCUGCAACCUGCAGCCUAACUUUGCAAUGGCUUCACCGCUGUCAAUCAUUUUCCUGCUUUUCUGUCCCUACUUCCCUUUCCCAAAAUGAGCAAUCGGAAAAUAACAAACUCCUCCUGACCGUCCUUUAAAUCUUUACACCAGUGUACGAAGUGCAAAUCUUGCUCAGUAGAACAAGCGGCGUAUUUCACCCUGCUCGCUGCGCCUCUGUGACAGGGUCUGCGGGUCCACUGGGCCCCCUGAACUCUCUCUCACCUGGGCCUUCUCACAAGGCCUGGCUAGUGACCAGCAGCAAACCCCUCCAGGCGCUGUGAUCACUCAGCACCACCGCGUGUGGAGCCCCACACCCAGCUCUGUCGCAUGAAUGCUCCCAGAGCCGCUCAUGAAUCACCAGAGAAAGGCACGAGAACCAAGAACUUUCCCAUCACUGUAGGUAAUUGAUUCCGUAUAACCAAUUCUAGCUCUCAUCUGUAUCUUUUUCCCUUUAUGAAUAAACCUUUAGAUUUUA